AUGAACACUCCACCACCACUGAAGCUUCAUCAUCUAUGGCUGAAAUUGAUGACCACACUAGUGUUGCCUCUCUGCUUCUCAACCUUCACCGUUUCCUGGUCUAACGAAUUCGACUCUCCAUCCGAUCAUUAUAACCCCUCCCUAACUACAACAUACACAUACAACAGGUUCACCGAGAUUCAACACAGGUGUGGUGAUGGUGGCGGCAGAAGAAGCAGCAGCACUCUCCUCCCAACAUCAUCGCCGCUGCUUUCUCCACUGGCUUCUGAUGACGACAGAGGCAGCAGGAUUAGGAACGAGCUGUCGUUCGUUAGUGGAGAUUGGGUUCAGGAAUUCGAUGGUGGUUCCCCAUUGCCACAGUUAUCUGCUCAUCAUGAUCCACUAUCCACUUCUCUGUUCAAGUUGGCUUCUUUCCAGGUCACGGAUGUCGAUUCGGUCCGUAGGUCCAACGACAUGGUCAGUGUCAGUGGGAGGCUGGUGUUGUCCCUGACGGAUGGUCCUGGAUUCCGGUACAGGGCUCAGUCUGAUGAUGGUGGCUUUGGAAGGUCUUCAAUGGGGUCUGAUGGCUUUUCUGUUCAUCUUGAAGGGGUCUACUUUGAGGUGAAUGGAGAAAGGGUAAUGUGCUUUCUUGGUAACGCAUCAAUGCCUUCUUCCCCUUCCAUGAACGGAUUGAAUACCGAUCUUGCUUAUCGUCGCAAAUCUCGAGGAUGUAACUGCGAGGGAGAGAACAAUCAGCAGGCUCCUUUGGUUCAGAAUGAUCAGAUUAUGCUGGUUUUGAGGUAUCCAAAGGUGUUCACCUUUAGUAGCAGGGGUGUUUUUGGUGAAAUGAUGAGCUUUGGGAACAAAGAUAAAGGGAAUUACUUUGAUAAGGUUUACAUUUCUUCUCAAUUGAGCAGCACUACUUCUAAGUAUCAAUUCUCUGCUGAUGAACAACUUUUAUCAGAAGUUUGCAGCUCGAACUCGAAUCGGGACAAGGUCAAGUUGUAUGAAGGAGAUGGUUUCUGUCACACUCUAAAAGACAUGCUAAACAAUGAGGUUCUGGACUUGGUAGUACAAUCGACAGGAUCGAGCACGAAUCAAAGCAGCAGCAGCAAGCUCGGGCCAUUCGUUCUCGAGAGCAGCAGUAUGGCUACUAAUGCACCACUAGGGCUUCUCAUCCAUCAUGUGCAAUGUCAGCAACAUGAUGACGGGAACGUGAAAGCUGCUAAAGUGGCUGCUGUGUUGAGAAUUGUCCCUUCUUCGGAUAGAUUCGGUACUAGUAGAGGAAGAACUGGACUAUCCACCAUGACACUUUCUGCAGAAGGGAUAUGGAGAAGUGGUCAAGAGCUUUGCAUGGUUGCUUGUGUUGGAAGCAACACUAAACAUCGUAAUUCCUCUACUAGCAGAUCGUGUAACUCGAGGGUAUGCUUGUCGAUCCCUCUCGAGCUCUCCAUCAAGGAGAGAAGGCUCCUCUUUGCUUCAGUCUCAAGCAAUACUGGAGAUAGUGAGACUGAGUUCCAUCCUCUGCUGUUUGAAAAGCCAGCAAGCCGUGUGGAAAUUUGCCUGACACGAUCACUGCGACGAGGUGGGGGUGCGUCCAAAAUGGGAACUGGAGGUGUGGUCUCGGUGGAAGAAGAGGCUGGUGGUGUGGUCUCAGCAGAGGAAGAGGCUCCAGGAGAGCCCCCAUGCACUGGAGAAGUAGCGUCCGUGGAGGAGGGAGUCCCGCCAUUAGAGGAUGGCGAUAAAAUGGACUCCUCGGGAGGAGGCUCCUGCGACAAUGAGCUGGGGGAUGAUGAAGGAGCCGUCCACGAGAAGAAACUAAUGAAGGCUUCUGUUGAGCUAGAGAUUCUCUCUUUAGGCUCAUUCGUUCGUGGCGACGAUCAACAAAGGAACCACCAGAGGGUUCACAAAGAAGAAGAAGAAGAAGAAGACACGAUUGAAGUUUCUGGGCUUCUCAAACUCGAGGCUUCGAACAGCAUCUCGCUCUCCUUAGAAGGUAUCUACAACAAACUCACUGGAGAGAUGCAUCUAGUUGGCUGCAGAGACAUUAGAAAUAUCAGCAGCAGCAUUGAAGAAGGGAUGGAUUGUGAAUAUGAGAUCAGAGUGGAGUAUCCCUCUACAAACAUAAGGUGGAUGCUGAAUCCCAAGGCUAGAAUCUCAAUCCACAGCAGAAGAGACAGUUCAGAUCCCUUCCAUUUCCCCUCAAUCAGUUUAACAACACAUCCAAUUCCAUAUAUGAAUGAACACGAUGACAUGAGGUACCGAGCCACAUUCGAGACAACGCUUCGUGUACUGAUGCUGACAUCUGCAGUUGUGCUUAUACUCAGACAGGUGAGCUACAUGGAAACCACCACCAACAUUGCAGCUUAUGUAUCCGUCGUCACGCUUGGCAUCCAAGCUAUGGGCUAUGGCAUUCCGCUCCUGACCAGCACAGAAGCAAUGUUUCCGUGGAAGGUCUUUUCGCCCCACCCACGAACCCACGUUGAACCCAACUUUUCGAUCAAGAUCCUUCUCUUCGUUGCCUUGCUGCUCACUCUAAAGCUCUCGAACAAAGUUAAACUGUCGCGUGGAUUGUCACGCGACAACGGUAGAGCUCUAAACAGGAGGGAUUUGAGAGCUCUGUUCAUCACUCUAGCCAUUCUUGCAGCUGGCAUUCUGUUCCUACAAACGUUCCCCGUCUCCACAAAUCCUGCUGCAGCACAAGCUUUCAAGCCAGCCGAUCACUACUUCCCCGAGGAGAAAACAAUGCACCGGUCCAGAUCAGAAGUGAUGCCUACAACGACGAUGGAUGCCCUUGGCAUUGACUAUGAUGGGAUCGUUCAGGAUCUGUUUCUUGUUCCACAAGUUAUUGGGAAUGCUUUGUGGAAACUGCAGGGUAGUAGUAAUGGUGGUAGUAAACGGGCCUUGACCGGUUCGUACUACAUCGGGUUCACGGUGUUGAGGGUGCUGAUCAAAGUGUAUGAAUGUGUGAGGGAUCCUGUGCUUUAUGGAAAGGAAAUGGCUUACGGUGAGACCGCGGCGACGAUGGAGGAUUACUCUGGCAAUCUGAUCAGCAACAUGGUUGUGGCAGCUGGUGUGAUUGCUGUAGCAGUGGUUGUGCAUUUGCAGCAGAAGGGUGGUGAUGAUGAGGACCAGCAGAAAGUUGACAGGAAAGGGAAAGGGUGGUGGUGA